GCUGAUUGGCCCUCAUAAGCAUCUGUAGUUUUGCGUUUAGUUUUUGGGAAGGAGGCAAGAUGGCUGCAGACCCUACUAAGACUGAAUUAAACAGUAUUUUCCGACGACUUCGUUCUGUACCAACCAAUAAGUCUUGUUUUGACUGUGGAGCCAAGAGUCCAAGUUGGGCCAGCAUUACUUAUGGGGUCUUCUUAUGCAUUGACUGUUCAGGAAGUCAUCGGUCUUUGGGAGUACAUCUCAGCUUUAUCAGGUCUACGGAGCUGGACUCCAAUUGGAACUGGCUCCAGCUAAGGUGUAUGCAGGUCGGUGGGAAUGCAAAAGCGACUGCCUUCUUUCGUCAACAUGGUUGCACCACCAGUGACACCAAUGCCAAGUACAACAGUCGAGCAGCACAAAUGUAUCGUGAGAAGAUCCGUCACUUAGCAACAGCAGCAAUGUCCAAAUAUGGGACAGAGCUUUGGAUUGAUGGACUGAGUGGUAGUUCACAGACUGUUUCAAUGUCUGAUGGAAUAGAAACUGACUUCUUCACAGAACAAACACAGUGUUCCAAUAUUUGGGAUGUGCCAGCAAAUUUGAAUAACCCUGUAAGUCCUGAAAAGUCAGCGCAGAAAACACCAGAAGCUAAUCAGAAUUUUACUGAGCCAGAGCAAGGUCCCAGCACUGAUGGCCUCAGCACUUCUCCCACAUCAGUAUUAGCAGACUCAAUGCGUCUAUCUGCUGAAGGUCCCCUUUGUGACAGAGAAGUAAAGCCAUCUAUUAUAGGAAAGAAGAAGCCAUCAGCAGUCAAAAAAGGGAUGGGAGCAAAAAAAGGUUUAGGGGCUCAAAAAGUGACCAGCCAGAAUUUCGUUGAAAUUGAACGUCGGGCGCAGGUUGCAGAGAAACUGCGAGAAGAGCAGGUGGCUGAGGCCAAGAAGCAGGCUGAAGAAUCCAUUGCAACAACAAUGAGGCUAGCAUACCAGGAGCUACAGAUUGAUCGUAAAAUGGAAGAAAAGAAGCUUCAGAAUUUGGAAGGGAAGAAACGAGAACAAGCAGAAAGGCUUGGCAUGGGCUUGGGUAGCAGAAGUGCUGUCUCUCAUUCCAUUCUGUCAGAGAUGCAAGUAAUCGAACAAGAGACUCCGCUCACAGCCAAGUCCUUGCGCUCCAAGCUUGAUCUGUUUGAUGACACAGGAUUCACAUCUGGGCCCCCUAAGUACAAAGAUAAUCCCUUCUCAUCUGGAGAUGGCUUUACUACAACUGACCACUCUCCCUGGGUACUGGAAAGAGAAGAACAAAAAGAAACAGAGGCAUCUGUCUCCAGCAUCCAGCCCAUUGGUGACAGGUCUACCAGCAGAAGGCGACCAGAGAGCACACCGUCUGUAGUGGAAUCUAAUGAAGCAAGUCAGAAAUUUUCAAAUGCAAAAGCCAUUUCCUCUGACAUGUUCUUUGGGAAGGAUUCUAAUGUUGAAUAUGAAGCAAAGGCACGUCUAGAGCAGUUAUCAGGGAGCAGUUCCAUCAGUUCUGCAGAUUUGUUUGGAGAGCAGCAGUCCCAUACCUCCGGGAACGUCUCUCUUGGAAGUGUUCUUCCCUCACCAGACUUGACGCAGUUCAAGGAAGGGGUAAAGACUGUAGCUGGAAAAAUGGCUGUCCUUGCAAAUGGCAUGAUGAACUCCCUUCAGGAUCGCUAUGGCUCUUACUGAAAGUUCACUGAAAAAUUGUAGCUACGAAAUAAACUAACACAUCUUGAAGAUCAAGCACUGCAUUCAGCACAAUACACUUUAUUUCUGUGUCCAAGACUGCUUUGGAAGCUGGGAGACUGGCUAAACCCAUCAUAGAGAACAUAUUUUUACAACUGCUGUAUUUCCGCUAGUUGCAAUGGCAACAUAUGGUGCCUCUGUUUCAUUGGAGGACUUCUGCUAUCCUGCAGUAUUUACUGCACUUUAAACAUUUUACGAUGCCUGCGUUACUGUAUCAAAGUCUAAAACAGGGAAAAUCACACUCUUCCUGGGUGGUAAUAAUUUGGUUCAUUCACCGUGAACAAUUUGAAUGCGUCUGUAUGAAUAUUUUUAACAUGAACAAGUUACAUUGCUGCCUCACAGAAUGAUUAUUGGCCUGGGAAGAUACAAACUGGAUUGGAGCCAUUUUGAAUAGUCUUUAGCCAGACGAUGGUGCAUGACAAUUAGUCCCUGCUGCUUGCACUCCUCAGAAGAGAAAAGUGCGCACACACACCUGCCUUUCAUUUCUUACGUUUGACUUAUGGCUGUACUAAACUAAUAAUUAAAAAAAAUGUCCAGAAAUGAGUUAAACACUUUUCUUUUUCCACACCAAGGAUGCAACCUGAACUUAAUAAUUUGCUGUGGAUACGAAAGACUUUAAUGGCCAGUACAGUGACUUUAGAUGUGGACAGAAACUAAAUAUUGGAUGAUUUGCUUUGCAACAGAUUAAUUAUGGUCAAGUGUGUUUCUUGCAGUUACUUUAAUUCCAUUAUGGAUAAAUUAAUUCGGGGUGGGUUUUUGAACUGCAUGUUACGGAAUGAUCUAUUCUUAUGGACUAGAUUUCAUUAGUCUACACUGCCUUUUGCAUGCUUUAAGGAAAGUCUUAAUUCAGUACAGGAUCAAGUCUUUCAGAAUCCAUUUCACAAUGGUUUCACAGUUUCACUGUCAGCAUUCAGUAUCUUGGACUUGAGUCAAUAAUCCUAAGAAGACGGAUUUUUAGUAGUCCAUCUUAAGAGUUCUGCCAGCAUUGCAGCUACUUGUGUCACAGACAUGCUGCUGACCUGGCUUUGGAAAUCAGACUCUGUUCUGCAAUCAGAUUUGUUGAUUGGAGGUGUGCUAAUAGGGUUUAGGGCAUAUGUCUUAGCUAGGUGAGUAUUUUGACCCCUCUGGAUGGAAAAAGUACAGCUGUUUCCUUCUGUUGGAGAAAGUUAAGUCAAAAUUUCGGUCUAUGGAAUAUGCCAAAAAGCAGCUGAGAUAAGACAUAUAAGCUGUAGUGACUGUUUUUGCUAGAAUUUAACAUGCUAAAACCCAUUGGAAAUAAAAGGAAGCAGCAACUCACAGGCUGUUAGCUUUUCUAGAGUCACAGUUAACAUACCACUUCUUGCUUUCUCAUUACAGAAGUUUACAUGUAGUGAUGUAUGUUUAGCACUGUUGAGGAUGAUGCUAUAUAGAGCAUUGUGCCUUUAGUUUGCUUGAAUGGUGUGUCACAUUAUAGUGUGAUUCCUGUAUAAGAAAUGUGCAUGAUCUGAGGGGCCUCAAUAAUGCAAGAUGCCACUCCUGUUCUUGCAGUUCCUGUAGUACUGACUACACGUCUUUCGAUUUGGGCAAGUUGGAACUGGUUUCUUUUAAGACAUUGCUAUACCAAUACCCCUUCAGUUUAUGCAGUUCAUAAGUGGCUGCUUGAAGAAAGUUAAAUCUUAUUUAUUGUGAGUGAUGGAUUAGGUCAGAAGUAUGAGUUAUGUAAUGAAGCUAAAUAAUUUUAUAGUGGAGCAUUACUUUACAGCAGUGUAAACUGAGUAACGUGGGCAUUUCUAUGAUGCUUAGGAUGGUCAUUUAAUACCUGUGUAACUGCUGUGUAAGCUGGCAAUGUAUUUGCUGUGAACCUAUUGACAUCUUUCUCAUCCAUGCUGGAGGCUUUGAAUAACAUCAGAAUGUAGGAGAAGUUUCUAUAUUUGUCAAUUCUUUCCAUGACCUUUAAAAAACGUGAUAGUGACAACCAUUUUGUGUUAUUUUUAUUUAAGCACCUGUGCUACUCAUUUGUUCUGUGCUUGAAUUGCCCCUUCUAUGUCAACCAGCUUGAUUAAGCAUUAAUGUAUGACAGGCAGUUGAGACAUUUUCCUGUUAUUGGGUGUGCAAAUUUGGACUGAGUUACUGACUGAUAAGCCAUCUGAGAAGAACACCUCAGCAGUAUUGUAAAAUAAAUUGAUUUACAGAAA